AUGACUUCCGUGCUGUCCGAAGAGGAAACGAAGAUCGCGAAGCUGAAGCAGAAGCUGAUGAACGACGUCCGCGGGAAGGAAGAGGCACGGUCGUUCUUGAGCUUUUCCAGGGAGAAUCUGAGCAUCUCCCAGUCGGACUUGGAACAUGGUUUGAACAGGCAACGCUUUCGUCCCGAUCGGAACACCGUUUUGAGCAUCGUCGCGCUGACGAUCGCUCUGCUCUGCCUCGGUUUGGAAACCUGGAAACUGCGUUGCUCGUUGAUAAACGCGCGGGAAAUCGAGGAACUGAAACGGGACGUGGAGAGCUUGAAGCAUCGGUUCCUGGAGGAGGAUCUCUUGGACGAGCUGAAGGCCUUCGAGGAGCAGUUAUACGCUGGGGAGUCGAACGACGACGAUGACUCGGGCGAGGCGGACAUAGACAAUGCUGACUACGACUCAAACUACGAGGACACCUAUGCCUUGCAGGACUACUCGUCGGACUAUCAUUCGCCGUUAUCGUACGGCGCCAGACCGUCCGAUUUCCCCGAGUAUUCUUCGACAAUUGCGCCGGUCCCGUCCCCACCGGAGCCAAGCACCGACAAAGCAGCGUUGGAAAUGUUGGCGGCAACUCGUCGAACAGACGCCAACGACGGUCAAGAAUCGAAGAAGAAUGGACGGUCGGGCCACCGUCACGUGGACAGGGAACGUCACCUGGAAGAACACGAGCGGAAGACCACAGAGGCAACAAAGGAAAAGCAGAAGAGUAAUACCAAGCAGAAGAGGGAUGUUCCAGACGGCCAGAAUGCGAUGAAUCUUCUGCUGGAAUGGAGAACAGCGUUGAAACGGAAACGGUCCGUUAACGAGCACAAGGACGCCUCGAAGAGGUUGAACGUUCAGCGACACGGCGAUCGGAACCAUACCAGGAGGAUGAUCACGACUGGUUCCAGUCCACAAGGUGACACGGCGGAUAAACCUGACGGGGACAAGCAAGACACGUCGAUCGACACACGUGGCAGACAUCCCCCUAAGAAAUACUACACCGUCUCGGCCCAAGACGCCGGUUACGAUUUCAUGUCGGUCGAGACACACCGUACGAACGGUUCGAUCAACGGGCAACACCAGCCGAGAAAAUCGGCUCGAAGGCUGCGAAAACAUUUGACCGUGCCCAGGCAGGUUUUUGCCGCGCAUUACAGCGCCGACCGAGAGCUUCCGGGAGUCAGCGAGUGCAACCACAGAUGCGGUCGGCUCUGCAACGUUACAGAUACGGGGCAUUGUCACAAGGAUCGGAUCUUCACCGCGUGGAGGGCCACCGAUUGGGUGGACCAGCUGAUGAGCCAGCACUUCAACAUGCAAAACGACGGUAGUCUUGUAAUAAACAAGGACGGACUGUACUUGGUCUACGCGCAAAUCCAUUACGUGGACACGGUCCACGAAGCUGGAUUCAAUUUGGAGGUCAACGACCGGGUGAUCUUGAAGUGCACGGUGUCGAGGUCUUGUAAGAAAAUCGACCAGACAUGCUUCUCGGCGCAAGUGACGCUUCUACGACAGAACGACUCGUUGGCCCUUAAAGAGACCGGGGAAUCGCCAAGGGGAGCCGUUCUCGAGGCGAUCGACAGCUUCUUCGGCGUGGUCAGACUCGGGGACGUCAGGACUCUGUCAAGACGUGUCUCGUCGCAAUAGUUCGUGUCACACGGAUGUACACGAGUCUACGAAACCGUUUCUUUUUGUUACAUCGACCAGGCGCACCGAGUGUGCCCGACUCUAAUUUAUUCGAACGCUGGAAAUGCG